AUGCGGUUGGCUUUGAACGAGACGACGAAUUGCAGUAAAGUAUCAGAUGCUGAGGAGAGAGGCAAGAAGAAAGUCAGUGACAAGGAGAGAGUAUUAUUGUUUCUUAAGGAUGUGUGCAUGAAGACAGGUGAUCAUUCACUGAAGUACGACCUUAAUAGAUGCAUUGAGAUGAUUGAAGGUAAGGAGAAUCAAGAAGUUGUGGAUCUUAGAAACGCAUUGGAAGAGGCUUUGGUUGAGAAUGAGGUGCUUUUUACGGAGAAGUGUGAGCUUGCAGUGACUCUUGAGUGCAUGAAAGCCGAGAAUAACGGAAUUUGA